AUGGUUUCUUGCACUUACCUACUCACUCUUCUUGCUGCCACCGCUGCCAUUGCAAGCCCGGUCCGUCUCUCCAAUCAAAACGGCACUGUUAAGAUCCGCCAGUCCGGCCAGGUCUACGUUUGCAAAGCCGGCGCCAAUAAUGACGGCGUAACGUACGGCGAGGUCAGUCAAGACUGUGCCAUUGGGUACUUCCGAGAGGCCGGGACCAAGGCGGGCUUCAGCGGCUACCCGAAAAAGUUUGACAACAAGGGUAAUGUCAUGAAAUUUGCCUCCGGCUGCAACGAAAAUGUCUACGAGCUUCCCGUCUUCAGUAACGGCAAGCGCUACGACUUUAAUGCUAAGAAGGGCUCUAUCAACAAGCCUGGCCCUAUGCGCGUCUACUACACCAAAGAUCUCAAGUUCUGCGGCGUCGGAGCCAAGGAACAUAUCGGUGGCACUGGCAAUCCCCACAACUGUGUCUUAGAGAACCAGGGGGUUCCAAGCCAAGGGUGGCUUUUGGUGCGAAAGCGAGGCAUUUCUAUUGUUCUCUCUUUUACUGGGAGACUAAAUUGGAUUGCCUAUGUGGGAUGUUUGUCGGUUUAA